UUCCCUCUCUCUAGCAACAGUGAGUUUAUUGCCUUUUUAUUCAUUAAUUAUUUUCUGUGGUCUCCCUCAGCCGUUUGUGCUCUCCUGAUAGCAAAGUGUGUCAUCUCUUGACUGAAUAAAAGUGAGGGGGGAAAAGGGAUGGAUCCAGCGACGACCAGCCUGCCAGCUGCUGCCUUGAAAUGUGGGCCGCACUCCAUGUGUAGGAUUGUAACCGAGCUGCUUCUCCAUUCAACUGGUAUUAGUUGCAGCACUUUUUGUUGUUGCUGUGGAAUAAAAUGCUGAAGUGGACCACCACGGAGUGCGGGAUGAUUGCAGUUGUCUUCUGCAAGAUUGUGAAUAUAAACAAACAAAAUGGCAGAGGAAUGGAAUUUUUUAGCAGGGGGGAGACGCAAGGGGAGGGGGAGGGGGAUUGCCGGCUGUGGUUGGGUAUGCCAGUGCCACUUGUCUACCCUGGCAACUCUUCUUUUUUUUGACACCGAGGAUGUCAGACAGAGAGCCUUGGUGAGUCUCCAGUUUCUGAGUAGUGUUGCCCAACGGUUGUCACUGUCCAGAACGUGAGGAGCCUGAGAAAAUCAACGACUGCUGGACUGUCCAACUUUGCCUCCACCCCCACAGACGAGAGGUUGACUGAAGAGACCAACACUGGGCCUCAGUUAGGUUUCGAGCUGUCUAGCUCGUUUUUGCUGCUUGAAGGAGCAUGUUGCCAACGCUGUCCCUCUGCUCCAUCAUUUGGUUAAACCGGGGUAUCAAGCUGAGGAAAGUGCUCCACUGCGCCAACACCGGCCAGCUCUAAGGCAGGAGCACCCUACCUACCUAGCUGUAUAGACUCGGCCAUUUCAGCAAUGCUUCUAAGCUUCAGUUGAUAGUUCUUUGGCCCUAAACGACCACUACUCCACGCAACAUCAUCAUCGUUUCCUGGUUGCCGUAGCAUUGGGCCGAUUUUCGCAUCCUCUCGGCGUCUUCGGCAGCUUUUAUCGGUUUCUUAAAAUGGCGGUCGAUGGUUUCCAGUAUCGUGCCCUCUACAUCUACACCAAGGACUUGGAGGAGGACAUUGACCUGCAGCCCGGGGACAUUCUGACCGUCAGCAAGGCCUCCCUGGACUUCAAGGAGUGGGAUGAGGAGCGUCCCGAGCUCCUAGGCUGGCUGCUGGGCUUCAACGAACGCACUAAGCAGAGGGGGGACUUCCCGGGGACAUAUGUCCAGUUUGUGGGCCCCGUGAGGAUGGCACCGCCGCCCAGUCAGCCUCGCUCCCAAAGACCCCUCCCAGCAGCCCCGGGGCCUGAGCCACAACAAGCUGUUUCUCUUCUGGAUUUGACCGAGCAGUUCACACCGCCAGAAACUGCUCCCCAUACCCUGGUGAACCUAGUGGAGGCCAUUGAGAAGAAAGGUCUGGACUGCAAGACACUGUACAGGACACCUGUGGCGUCCUCCAACUCGGAGAGCCCAACACAGAGCUGGAGUGGUGAGGUGGAGUCAGGUAGUGACGUGGGCGCCUUGUCGGACUGUGUGGUCCGCUACCUGAGGGAGCUGCCGUCCCCCGUCAUCCCCCCCGGUGUUUACCCAGACCUGCAGGCUGCGCUGCAGCACGGCGCCGCGGACGUGGCGGCAAGCAGCAGCGGAGGCAGGGAGCUGAGCCUGGUCCUGGAGAGGGCCACUAGUGUGCCCCUGCACCAUCGCCUCACUCUGCAGUACCUGCUCACACACCUGGGCAAGGUGGGCCAGGGCUCCCAGCUCAACGGCCUGGACCCUCACACCCUGGGCCUGGUCUUUGGGCCGCUGCUGAUCCGGCCCAGCUCUGCCACUGGGUUGGAGGUGGGGGAGGAGUUCCCUGCACUAGCGCUGGAGAGGCUGCUGAUGGAGAGGGCCAUGGGCCAGGAAGUCCCGCCCCCUGCUCUACCAGUCAAGCCAAUGAAGGCCAAAACCACGACUCCAGCCAUGACUGAGACUCACAUACUGAGUGAUUCCGAGUGGUACUGGGGGGAAAUCUCCAGGGAGGAGGUGAACGAGAAGAUGAGAGACACCCUUGACGGGACGUUCAUGGUCCGCGACGCCUCCAGCAAACUGGAAGGAGAGUACACACUGACCCUCAGGAAAGGAGGCAACAACAAGCUGAUAAAGAUCUGCCACCGGGGCGGUCGCUAUGGCUUCUCCGAGCCGCUCACCUUCGCCACGGUGGUGGAGCUCAUCAACCACUACCGCCACGAUUCCCUGGCCCAGUACAACGCUAAGCUGGACACCCGGCUCCUCUACCCCGUCUCCAAAUACCAACAGGAGCAGCUGGUGAAAGAGGACAGCAUUGAGGCGGUGGGCGAGCAGCUGAAGGUGUACCAUGAGCAGUACCAGGAGAAGAGCCGGGAGUACGACGUGCUCUACGAGGAGUACACACGCACCUCACAGGAGCUCCAGAUGAAGCGAACGGCUAUCGAGGCCUUCGGCGAGACCAUCAAGAUCUUCGAGGAGCAGUGUGAGACCCAGGAGCGCUACAGCAAAGAGUCCAUCGAGAAGUUCCUACGCGAAGGCAACGACAAGGAGAUCCAGAAGAUCCAGAGCAACUCAGAGCGUCUGAAGUCUAGGGUGACGGAGAUCCAUGACAGCAAGAGAAAGCUGGAGCAAGAUCUGAAGCAGCAGGCCACUGACAACCGAGAGAUUGACAAGAGGAUGAACAGCCUGAAGCCGGACCUCAUUCAGCUAAGGAAGAUCCGGGACCAGUACCUGGUAUGGUUGACACAGAAGGGGACGAGGCAGAAGAGUAUCAAUGAGUGGCUGGGCAUAAAGAACGAGGCAGAAGACUCAUACUCGCUGGUGGAGGAGGAUGAGGGCUCACCCCACCACGACGAGUGCACAUGGUACGUGGGCGACAUCAAGCGCACCCAGGCAGAGGAGCUGCUUAGGGACAAGUGUGACGGCACCUUCCUAAUCCGAGAGAGCCAGACGCAGAAGGGCUCCUACGCCUGCUCCGUGGUUGUGGACGGCGACGCCAAACACUGCGUCAUCUACAAGACGGAUAAAGGCUACGGCUUUGCCGAGCCUUACAACCUGUACGGCUCCCUGAAGGACCUGGUGCUCCACUACAAGCAAGAGUCCCUGGUCCAACACAACGACCAGCUGAAUGUAACCCUGGCCUACCCAGUGCUCACCCAGACCCAGCAGCAGCACCCUAGAUGAAGGGCAGUGUGACACGACGACCCACAACGGUGACCAGCACUUCCAAAGCAUGGCAACAACAACAAAAAAGAAGCACACUCAUUACGUACCACAGUACCAGCCGCAGUAAACAUUUAGACGAAAACCCUGUUUGUAGACUGAAAACAACAUAAGCACACAGUUAUGAUGGAAGCUUUCAGACCAUAGUUAGAAGAGCAAGAAGGAGCGAGAGUAGAGGGGAGAGAGUCGGGGAACUGGAGGUUAAAGAUACUGGAUGGAGCUCAGCUUCUUUUCUUUUUUUGUCUUGGCACUCACUUACCCUUCUAGGCAAAGGCCUGAGCUGUCAUCCCCAGUAAGGACUUGGCUAACCUGGCUGCUCACCACACUGCGCUUCACAACAACGAGAUCUAAGAGAUGGGGGGGGGACAAUCCAGCUUUCAGAUACAUGGUCCUGGAAAGGCGGGGUGAAGUGGCUGGACGCACCAGUUACUUUCUAUAAAAAGAUUGCUUAAGUACCAUAGAAAGAGCCUUGAUUGACUACACGCCUGUGUUGGGAAAGAGGGGAACUAUAUAGGGUGGGAUGCUGGGGUAGGGAGAGGGGGGCAUGACAGAAAGCUUUAGAAAAAUAUAUUUUAAAAAGUUUAAUUUACUGGUCUCCAGUUUGUUGUAAGAUAAACAUUCUUUAUAAAAAUAGACAUAGUAUAUUUGUUGUAUUGUGAAAAGAUAGAUAGAUAGAUAUUCACAAUAGAUCAAAUAUAUAUAUAUAUAUAUAUAUGAAUAGAUGAAUGCCGUUUCUAAAGGGAUUCAGGUUUCCCUUUCCGUUUAAUCAUGGGUAGUGGAGAAAUCCCUGCAAGCUCGUUUCUUAUUUCAAAUGUUCUCUUCAAGUGCUUUCCUUUAUACUGUAGCCUAUAGCCAUGAUGGACUAAGGUAUUACUGUUAGUAUUCUUGAGAUGUUCUCAUUUCUAUGCUAAUAUACUCAUAGAUCAUCGACCUAUCAGAUCUUAACUCUCAGUACUGAAUGGCUUAGUCUCUAGGAAGCCUAUGCAGUGUUCUUUUCACAAGCGCUUGCUUUUAUGUCGCAGCGUCACUACUACUCACGGUACUUCCUCUUUUGAGCUUGACUGUUGUUUUUAUUUGACACGAGCUUGAUUCAUAGAGCUGUAGAACUUUGUUGUACAAAAUGAAAAAAAAAAUGAUUCUUGUCGUUUAUAUGAUCCAUAUAUCUACCGACAGUAACAGGCGGUGUGACUGUCAAACAGAAACUAUUGAAUGGUUUUCUUUUCAACUGUGUCCCCCCCUGCAGGGGAAACUGCUGGAGGACGCACGGUAUCCAGCUAAACGUGAGCCCAAAUGAAGGAUGUCUUUUCAUGUAGCAAAAAAAAGAUUGGAUCCUUUUUGACAGUAAGCAUGACCACGGAGGUCCGGGGGAUUUUCCAUAAGUACCAUAUGCAUGAAAGUCCUUCUUUUGUUUAGUACCUAGACAACUUGCUCUAGUACUUGUGCUGUUUUAAGUGCAUACGUCUUGUGUACUAGACCUGUAUAAUGCACAAACAAUAGUAAGUGAAUAAGAAUACAUAUAGAUUUACAGACACACUGUCGAGGUGAAUCCCUCCGCGGGUAGUGAGCAGUACUUUUAUUUUGCGGCUUAAAGGACUUCUUCUUGCCGACUCUUCUAUGCUUUUGCGUAGCACAGACUUUGUUCGCGUGAAGACACUUCAGCCAAAUUUCAAACGUUGAUUCAUUACUAAAAGAAGCCUGAUGUAAUGAAACAGAGGAUAUUGAGGAUUUUAAAUGUGGUGGCGCUUUCAGAUUUCUUGAGAAAGAGGAAACUUCCCAGAGAAAAGGAGUUUUGCUAUUUUUUUGUAGAAUGGCGCUCCUUUUGGGUAGUUUUAAACAUGAUAAUUUGCUCAGAGCAGAUGUAUUUUUCUCAUGUUGGUUGUACAGAUUAAGUACGAUACGUGGAUACUGCAACUGAAUAGUCAUGCUAUUGGAUUGGUUAACUAGUUGGAGGAUAUUGGAGUAAUUUGGUUUGUGUAAUUGGGACAUUUUAAUUGGAAGUUGAAAAAAAAUAACAUUUUGUGGAGCGUUGCAUAUUGGCGAGAGCAUUUUGUGUUCAAAAUGUAUUUUUGGUACAAAUAUUAGUAGAAGAAAAAUAAUUAUCUAAAGGAAAAAUAGCUUGGUACUGUAUAGUAGUAUUUUGCACAGUUCUUGGCCAGAAGAAUAGCCUAGAAUUAAACUCGGAAGUGACAGUAGUGAGAUGCCUAUAAAAGAGUGAUUCACAAAGUUAAGAAGUGCCUUAGCUCUUCUCUUGUCGUUGUCGGAGGAGCUUCUCUCCUAUAGACCGUGCUACCGCAUACAGUAUGCUUCGUUAAAAAAGCAUUUGCCAGUGAUCUAAUGUCAAAACCCUGAAGAGAACUGGCAAAUGCGCGUAGUUGUAGUCUUUCCUGUAGUGUCCGAGUUGUGGAGAUUGUGUUAGUUUAGUUAUGCUUCUCUUUUGUUACAUCAUUUUUAAUAAGGUUACAAUUGUAUUUUUUUGUGACGGGCUAUAGCUUAGUGCUCUUCAGUGAGCGAGGCAGUUUCCUUUGGGGUUUGUUGUAUAGUUUAUUGAAUCACACCUAGAGUGGAUAGAAAUGUGAAUACACAGUCGUAGCCCAAUACGUAGCGUUUUUUGUUUAAUAACCCGAAUCUCAUUCAAUAAGCUCUUAAGUGAAUGCAUGCAGUACUUCUCACGGUGUUUUCACGUCAAUUCCCUGUGAAUUCAUAUUCUGUUUACCCAUCUACUGACUCAUGUAUUUACUCAGUCCAUCGGACCAACAUUUUGCAAAUGCACUUUUUCCUUUAAAGAAAAUUUCACCAAAAAUUAUCUUUUGGUAUUUGUUUCAUUCGUCCAUUGUUGAUAUAGUCCUACAUUUUUUUGUGCAUGUCAGCAAUCCAGUUCUCGAGAUGGAUGACUUUCGAAAUACAGAAAUACAGCCGGUAUGAUGCAUUUUGCUUAUGAUGCAAAAUUUAUCAUACCGGUUGUAUUUCUGUAUUUCGAAAGUCAUCCAUCUCGAGAACUGGAUUGCUGACAUGCAAAAAAAUGUAGGACUAUAUCAACAAUGGACGUAAGGUUUUUUAAACGUUUUUAUAUAUAAAACUUCAACAGGGACUAAAACAAAUACCAAAAGAUCGUUUUUGGGUGGAGUUUUUCUUUAAUUGAGUCUCCAAAAUUAGUUAAUUCUAAACCGCAUUAGUGAAGCUCAGUAGGCCAUGAUAGUAUUGUUUGUUUUAUUAAGUGUCAUGUCAGGGAUGUUUUAAUCGGACUUUCUUUGUGAAACAGAGUGUGGGGGAAAAAACAUUCAGUCUUCCCCUUACUCGAUACAUUUGGUGGAGGCUUCACGAACUCUGAAAUUGUAAGCCGGUAUUGGGGCAAGUAGGACAAAUGUCCAUUUAUUGCUGUUUUUCAUGAUUUUAAUGGUUUAACUGUGUUAUAAAUCUGUGUUUGGUUUUGAUUGUGCCAGGCCCACCCAUUUCCCAUUCGAAAAUGGGUGACUCAUUUCAUACCAAAUGAAAGGGAAGCUAGCUAAUAUGCAAUCGGCAUAUUUGGUCGGUCCUCUACGCUCCAACGGUAUGGAUGUCAUCGCGUCACAUUAACGUCACUUGCAUUAACAUUAAUGAUAACACAUGUGCAGUGAUAGUGUUUUGGCGGUCGUGCCCAUGAGAUGACUUGGAGCAGGGUUAGCUUUGAGUUGUCCUUUACCCAGUUAUCGUGAAACCGUGUCAUAGCACUCUCCAAAAUGUUCAGGUGAAUUAUCCAGGCCAUUACUAUUGCUUAUCUUUGGUACAAAACACCUGUAAAUAGUGGUGUCAUACUUCUACCAUAUCAGUUACCGAAUACAAGUAAUUCACAUUUUAUUACGUUUGAAUAUUUAGGUUUGAAGCAUAUUUGAAAGAAAUAUAUUGAAAUAUAUCUUGACGUAUUGUUUUGGGUUAUAUAUUCUGAUUUUAAUUAUGCUGGAAAUGGAUCCGAAACAGACGCUGAUUAAAUGAGUUUAGAUGUAAAACGAGUCUAUUGACAAGUGCCACAGCAGCUUUGCAUCAGUGGGCCAAGUCAUUUCUAGUUUUCGUGUUAACGCCCUGAUGUGUAAGUCAUAAGCUAAGCUUUAUCAUUAUCACCAGCAAGCGUUCCUUCCUUUUUGAUCGUGGUAUUAUUGGUUUUAAUUGACCCGCAAUGAUUGAGGAAGAGGGGACAGGCUCAUCUACGUUUUAAAAUGCAGCGCUGAAUCUAGUUGUCCAUGAUGACAUACUAAUUGGCAAACCUUGGCCCCAUUCACCUACUCACACAUAAGUGUCUCUGUCAAAUAUGAGUAGAGAUUAUCAAUAGUCUUGACACAAGUGUCUUUCAGCAAAGCUCCGUUGUUGCUACCCUACCAAGGACGGUGACAACAGAGUUGACCAAUACUGGGACUAACUGGUGUCUAGACUACAGCCUGUAUAUUUUGAGAUUAUAAAAUGUAUUAUCUGAGCAGAAAAUAGAUUCCUAUACAGAUAUGCUUUGUCCAUAGGGAUGGGGAAAGCACUUUUUUUAUUUUCAUUUAUUUUAAAUCAUGGUGGAAAAAUUACAUGAAAAUAUAUUCUCAGCUUGGAGAUUCUGGUUGUGUUUUUUUUAUAUUGCGAGAGGAGGCAGUUUGAAAGUGAUAACAGGGGAGUGUUUGAGGUAUGAAAAUAAUGUAUGAUUCGAAGAGAGGGGCAUUUAAUAAUCGGAUAAAAGUCCCCCAAAUGCACUAGACAACACAUGAUACUUCAUACCGGCCAAACACGUUGCCAACAAGUUAAGGAACAAAUUUCAACAGUUCAGAAACACUCCUUCAGUGAAUAACCAACCUUUGUAGAUGGAACAAUGAUGUCAUUGGAAAUUGUUCCUUUAUGGUGCCUAGGGUUUGUUUUUAAUUAGACAUUUAUUUUUUUUAGCAAAUUGAUUUGUCUGUCCAAGUGUUUUUGUUUAUCCUUGUUAAUGAUAACCUUACAGAAUCUAUAAAAUAAGCUAGCUUGAAUAUUUUCCUUCAUACAGAAAAGUACAAAUGUUUACGAUAUCCAAUUAACCAAAUAGCAAGUAUGCGUUUGAGAGUCAAUCUGUCUGUCCCUAAAAGGGACUCCGAUAGAUUGAUUUGAUUUCUUUUUUUCCUUUGUCAUUUUAAACUUGAAAAUGUUAUGACUGCUUGUUCAUUUGUUUUGAUUAUUUUUGUACUUGUCGAACAGUGCUCCCUCUAAAAAAAAAAAAGAAGAAAAGAAAGGGAAAAAAAGAAUUGUUACUGUCUUCUGCUUAGAACAGAAUCGACUAAAUCAUUUUUUGAAUGGUCUGCAAUGGGCCCUCUUCCCUGAGUGGCUCAAAAUCCUUGAUUUCUGUUCCUUUACCUUCUGUACUGCCGACUACUUCAUCUUAGACUGAGCCUUGUGUAUUCACGACUGAAUCUUAACUUUAGAUAAAGGCUUAACUUCGCGGUUUUUGAUGUCACUGGGAAAUUUUGAUUUGCGCUUGCAGAUCUCAGUUAGGAUUUGGCCGUAGAUUGCACCCUAGAUGAUUUGGGAGGUUUUAGUUUUCAGGCUUUUCAAGUUUGAAAGCGAGGGAGGUGCACACUACUUGGUGAAAAAUGUAUGUCUACAGUCUUGGGUUGAGUCAACUAUUAAAUUAAUUUGGAAAUGUGUGAAAGUGAAGAGGCAUGUAUUUCGAUUUUGCACUAAGUCAUUCUCGUCUCACUACACUCUAAGAUAAAGACGUUCCGUGACUUGCUCUCUGUCAUUCAAAACGUUUUUUAUUUGUUCAGUCCUAUUUGUAAACUCCAUUUAAAAAUAUGCUUUCAUUUACUUCUAAAAGUUUAUCUAAUCUCUGUAACCCUUCAAUCAGGGUUGGGUAGUAACGGAUUACAUGUAACGGGCAUUACGCAAUUCAAUUACAAAUAUAUGAAGUAGGCCUAACUGUAAUCAGCCCGGAUUACAUUUUUUGAAAUUAUAAUAAUGUAAUCGGAUUACAGUUACAUUAUUAAAACAUCUGAUUUACAUUUGGGAUUACUUCAUCUAAUAUCAAGAGAAAAAAAGGAUAAAACUUUUGUCAGUUUUGCUGUCAUUUAGCACACCCUCAAGACUUCUCCCAUGCACUCAAAUAUGCUAUUGUUCUGCUUAUCGCCCAUCAAGGGUGGGUGGCUUCUUUUGUAUUCAAACGGGUUUAGUGACUAGGUAAGGCUUCCAAAAGAUUUACACCUAGCCUUCUGGUCAAUCAGACAGUCGUCUGGACUCAACAGUGUUCCUGCUUGCUGCUCUAUAGCAGUGCACUUUCACUCUAGCUCUCUCCUUUGGCUUUGUGUGCUCCUAGCGGGAGAGAGAAAUGCUCUCUGAUUAGCUCUCUGGCCAAUAAACAAAAAACACAGUCUUGAAAGCAACCACUGUUGUUACUUUAGAAGAGAAGAGGAUCACAGCUUUCUGUAGGUUUACUUUUAUUGAUCAACUCUUAAUAUUGAACAAAGGGCACUCACGUCGGCCAUUCAAUUCCAAGGUGAUUGCAUAGGCCUACUCAUCAUUAUUAUUAUUAUUUAUUAAUUUACUGAUUUAAAAAUCAAUUACACAGGUAUAAUUAGAAUGUAGAUUUAGCAACUAGCUAACCACUUCAUCAGGUGUUGAAUGAGCCCCAAAUGAUUUAGCCUGAAGUGAACAAAAUUAUGUAGACAAAUGUAAUCUCUUGAAAAAACAUUUUGGAAGAUUCAGGAACCCUAUUGUGACUGACAAUUAGGCAAUUGUUAUUAGUUUACAAACUCAAAAUUCAUGACAAUGACUGGUUUAGAUUGCACAUCUAAAUAUCUGGAAUAAUGCAUUCCUGCUUGGACAUGUUAGAUUAAUCAAAUGUAUUUCUUGAAUCGUACUAAUACACCACCUUUUUAAUUAAGCAUUUUGAAUGACUAUAAGUUAAUUAGGCAACACAUUCUCUCUAUUGCGUGACCCUGCAAUAACAUUUUUUGUGCGACCAAAUCAUGGGUGGGUGCCCCAACUAAAAACAUUUAGUAUGGAGCCUUGUGACUAUGCUCUAAUACAUUAGAAUAUAGAACUUGUGAAUUAUAGUCCCCAAUUUGGAAAUAGUCAUGUUGCUAAAUUAAUAAUGUAUGCUAUUUAGCAGACGCUUUCAUCCGAAGAGACUUAGUCAUACGUGCAUAGAUUUCAUGUAUGGGUGGUCCCGGGAAUUGAACCGACUUCCCUGGCGUUACAAGCACCAUGCUCUACCAACUAGGUGCACUUUAAAAAAACAUAUACAUCUGGGUGUUAAAAAAUAACUUUAAAAAAACGUUAAGUAAUCUGAUUACUCAAAAUGAGUAAUGUAAUCUGAUUACUGAUAAUUUUUCAUGUAACUGUAAUCCAUAACUGAUAAAAUUUUAAACAAUCUGGCCAACACUGCCUUCUAUGUAGAUUUCAACCUAAGUGGCUGUGUAUGUGAUCAUGUGACUGUCAUUCGAAUGCAGGUCAGGCACAGUACAUUUUGACAAACCUUUCUUUGGAGAAAACAAAGUACAGUAUGAUAUGAUUCUUAUUGUUCUGAGAUGUGGUGUGAAGUUUUUCCCUUUUUCAAAACGGUGACUGGAAAUUAACAGGACAGUCUGAUAAAGCUACUCUACACCAAAGUGCAAUUGAACUCAGAGGGAGGGAGCACUGUCAGUGAACCAGUGGGAGUCUACUGGUUGUGAUGUGCACAAUCCUUAUGUACGUAAAAUGAUUAUUCUCUCUUUCCCCAAUCUGUCUUAAUUUAGAUGCAACAUUUUAUUUCUUUUGUUUUCUGUGUACAGCUUGCUUUGGAGUUGUUUGUCUCAAACAGGUACUCUUACUUCUGUACUGUUAUUUCCUUAGGUUGAUGAAAUGAUUUUUAAAAAUCUAUAAAAUAUGUAAGAAAAAGAAAGAAAAGGUCUUGUGUAUUUUGUCAGUAAGUUUCAGUCAAACCUGCACCAUGAAUAAAUGGGAAAAAUUCAGAGAGUGGGAGCCUUUCCUGCUCUGAGGAUAGUUUGGGUCAAUUCCUUCUUGAAUUCCUGUCAGUUGAAGGCUAUGGUAGACUUGCCGACGUGUGACUCAGUUGGUAUUGAAUUUAAACCACAGGAGGGUGCCAUUUUCUGGAUGAAUUUCAACAUGUGUGGGUCUACACACACAUUAAGGGUUGAAACAUGCAUUUCCUGGGGUUUUAAGUAGACAAUUCCAUAAGGAGUUUGCAAGAGAGCAGAGACAGACCGAGGCAACAAUCGAUCCUUAGAGGACAACCGACUACAGAAAAGUAGUCCAGUCAUAAACUGUCAACUGUCACAGGAUCAUCAUAAAGUCAUCCUCCUGUCCUGUUUGUCUGCACUGAAGAUUAUGAGACAGCCCUAAAGGAUCCCAUGACACUAGGUUAAUCUUUAACAAUAAAUGAGUCUGUCUUUUGCUGUGGUGUGCAUUGCCCAUGAGGCCAUGACUCUUGAGUAAGAACAGUCAGGUGGUAUGAGGAACAGUAGCAGGGUUUCUAAUAAUAAAGGGGGAACUUCCAAGAUCUUUGAGUGAAGACCACACUGACUCACCAGUGGCCUGAUUGGUUGGAAGUUACAAUUUAAUACUGCCACUGAUAGACUGAUUGUGCAACCCAACACUACUACGAACAUGUUGACAUAAACCUCAUAUUUCCUCAUUCUGCCUGAAAAACUACUUCUAAUCAAUGUGAGAAACUUGCUUCCUAAAGGACACUUAGUACAUUGCAAGACGUCAGUGCUCCACACAGUCAAUAAUAGACCAAAGAAGUGUGUAGGCGCUUAAAGCGAUAGAAGACCGCAGCAAUGUAACAGGACGAUUUGGAAAGAGUGAGUUGUAACUGGUUUAAUCCAUGGAUCCGACAGGCCCAGAGGAGGAGUGCUCUUGCCUCUGCAUCGCAGGAUCGAUGGAUCAAAACCCUGUUACAGCUCACUUUCCACAUCAACCUGUUACAGUGAUGUAGCAAUGUAAAGCAUGCAUUGAUGUGAAUAUCUAGAACAAUAUACAGUUGAAGUUGGAAGUUUACAUACACUUAAGUUGGAGUCAUUAAAACUAGUUUUUCAACCACUCCACAAAUUUCUUGUGAACAAACUAUAGUUUUGCCAAGUGGGUUAGCACAUCUACUUUGUGCAUGACACAAGUAAUUUUUCCAACAAUUGUUUACAGACAGAUUAUUUCACUUAUAAUUCACUGUAUCACAAUUCCAGUGGGUCAGAAGUUUACAUACACGAAGUUGACUGUGCCUUUUAAACAGCUUGGAAAAUUACAGAAAAUGAUCUCAUGGCUUUAGAAGCUUCUGAUAGGCUAAUUGACAUAAUUUGAGUCAAUUGGAGGUGUACCUGUGGAUGUAUUUCAAGGCCUACCUUCAAACUCAGUGCCUGUUUGCUUGACAUCAUGGGAAAAUCAAAAGAAAUCAGAAAAAUAACUAGACCUCCACAAGUCUGGUUCAGCCUUGGGAGCAAUUUCCAAACGCCUGAAGGAACCUUGUUCAUCUGUACAAACAAUAGUACGCAAGUAUAAACACCAUGGGACCAUGCAGCCAUCAUACCGCUAAGGAAGGAGACGACGUGUUCUGUCUCCUAGAGAUUAACAUACUUUGGUGCGAAAAGUGCAAAUCAAUCCCAGAACAACAGCAAAGGACUUGUGAAGAUGCUGGAGGAAAUCUAUCUAUAUCCAAAGUAAAACGAGUACUAUAUCGACAUAACCUGAAAGGCCGCUCAGCAAGGAAGAAGCCACUGCUCCAAAACCGCCAUUAAAAAAUCCAGACUACGGCUUUGCAACUUCACAUGGGGACAAAGAUCGUACUUUUUGGAUAAAUGUCCUCUGGUCUGAUGAAACAAAAAUUUAAUUUUUUGGCCAUAAUGACCAUCAUUAUGUUUGGAGGUAAAAGGGUGAUGCUUGCAAGCCGAAGAACACCGUCCCAACCGUGAAGCACGGGGGUGGCAGCAUCAUGUUGUGAGGGUGCUUUGCUGCAGGAGGGACUGGUGCACUUCACAAAAUAGAUGGCAUCAUGUGGAUAUAUUGAAGCAACAUUUUUUUUUUUCACCUUUAUUUAACCAGGUAGGCUAGUUGAGAACAAUUUCUCAUUUGCAACUGCGACCUGGCCAAGAUAAAGCCUAGCAGUUCGACACAUACAACAACACAGAGUUACACAUGAAAUAAACAAAA